CAAUAGCAACGAGAGGCUGCUCUCGCCAUGCUUUGCGGCGUCCUGGCCUGCUGUUGCUAAGGCCGCGUCCCUAGCAACGGGAGGCCUGAGGCAGGCGGAGUAGGCCCGAGCCGGGAAAAGGAGUUGGAGGAGGCCGCGAUGGGGCAAGACUACUACGCCAUGCUGGAGCUCACCCGCAGCGCCAAGGAUGCCGACAUCAAGAAGGCUUAUCGGAAACUGGCGUUGAAGUACCACCCUUAUAAGAACGAUGCGCCUUGGGCUGCGGAGAAGUUCAAGCAAAUUGCAGAAGCCUACGAUGUCCUGAGCGACCCGCUGAAGAAAGGAGUCUAUGAUAAAUUUGCGGAAGAAGGCCUUAAAGGAGGGAUUCCUCUGGAGUUUGGGAUUGACACCCCUUGGACAGAAGGCUAUGUAUUCCAUGGAAGGCCCGAGAAAGUCUUCCGGGAUUUCUUUGGAGGAGACAACCCUUUUGCUGAAUUCUACACGGCUGAAGGCGCGGAAGUGAACAUGGCCUUUGGGGGCCUGCGUGGGCGGGGAGUGAAGAAGCAGGACCCUCCCAUCGAGCGAGAUCUCUACCUCUCCCUGGAAGAUUUGUUUUAUGGGUGCACCAAAAAAAUCAAGAUUUCACGCAGGGUGAUGAAUGAAGAUGGCCACGCGUCCACCAUUAAAGACAAGAUCCUCACCAUCGAUGUCCAGCCUGGGUGGAAGCAAGGGACCAGGAUCACCUUUCCAGAAGAAGGGGACCAGGGCCCCAAUAUCAUCCCGGCAGACAUCAUCUUCAUCGUCAAGGAGAAGAUCCACCCCCGGUUCAAGCGAGAUGAGGACAAUCUGAUCUAUGUGGCCAAGAUCCCGCUGGGAAAGGCUCUGAUUGGGUGCACUAUUGACGUGAGUACACUGGACGAGCGCCUGCUCAACAUCCCUAUCAACGACAUUGUCCACCCCAAAUACUUUAAGGUUGUGCCAGGAGAAGGGAUGCCCCUGUCCCAAAACCCCACCUGCAAAGGAGACCUCUUCAUGUACUUCGACAUCGUCUUCCCCGCAAGGCUGACCCCGGCCAAGAAGGACCUCCUACGGGAAGCCCUCCUGACGUGAGGAGGACCUGCCUCUGCUUCAUUUCACCUCCAAAUAAGAAAUAAAGACCAUCUAUUUUAUCCA